AUGGGUGGUGGAAUGUCUCGAAUUAUGCCCGGUAUCUAUGUGGGCGGCUUGACAGCGGCCAAGUCCCAGAUCCAGUUAAAUACGAAUCAUAUCACACAUUUGUGCAGUGUAAUUCACGACGGUGUUCAUUUGGACUCGGGUCGGAAACAAGUCGUGUUUCGAGCCGAUGACUCACCAGAUGAGAAAUUGUCUCGUUUCUUCGAAGAUGCCGUGAAUUUCAUUCACGAGGGUCGUGUUUCUGGAGGAUCUGUUUUAAUUCAUUGCGUGACCAUCACCCUGGCCUAUCUACUCGUCGUGACCGAUUUUCCUCUGGCCGAACUGCUCAAAGCAGUUCAGGGAGCUCGACAUUGUGCCUGCCCAAACCACGGGUUUCUGGUAAGUCAGCUGAAUGUUACAUCUGGUUAG